AUGACUAGAUUUAGCGUACUUUUAUUCACCUUUUUGUGUGCUUUGGCCGCAUCCUCCCCGGUUUUUCCAGCGUUCUUCAGGCUUCCUGGAACGAGGUCCCAGUCCAGGCCAAUUGCCGGAGACUCGCCAUUGAUGCAGUGCGACGCUGAUGAAAAGCAGGUGCUGGACAUCCAAUUGGUGAACUUGUUCCCCAACCCUCCGGUUCGCGGCGAGAACGUGACCGUAUCAGCCGCUGUCUCCUCGAAGGACACCAUUGUGGCUGGCGCGUACGUUGACGUCGAGGUCCGCUUGGGAUACAUCAAGCUACUCUCUCAGACCUACGACCUGUGCGAAGAGCUCGAGAACAACGACAUCGACGGUCUCAAAUGCCCCAUCCAGGCCGGCGACUACAAGAUCGACAAAACCGUUGAAAUCCCUCAAGAAGUACCACCUGGCAAAUACACCGUUUUGGCCAGAGCGUUCACGGAAGACGACGAGGAGAUUACGUGCGUCAGCGGCGAUAUUUACUUCCCCGCGUAUUGA